AUGACAGCGCUUUUCGCCCUGCUCGCUAAACGUCACCGGGAUCAGCGCGUGGCUUCCGGAUCCGUAUCCGUUUCCACAGGAACGAAGUCCACCAACAAAACCGGUAUGUCCGGCACGGGUACGACCGGUGUCACGGCCGGGGGUGCCGGUGGGCGUAAAAAGUCCGGACCAAAGUUCGAGCUGUCGGACGAACAGCGGCAGGACAUCAAGGAGGCGUUCGAUUUGUUCGAUUCCGAGGGCACUGGCAUGAUAGAUACGAAGGAGCUAAAGGUUGCCAUCCGGGCGCUCGGGUUCGAACCGAAAAAGGAAGAAAUCAAAAAGAUGAUUGCCGAAAUCGAUAAGGACGGUUCGGGGAAGCUAUCGUUCGAGGACUUUCUGCAACUGAUGACGGUCAAGAUGGCGGAAAAGGACUCGAAGGAGGAGAUACUCAAGGCGUUCCGGUUGUUCGAUGAUGACGAAACAGGUACGAUUUCGUUUAAAAAUCUCAAGCGAGUUGCCAAGGAGCUGGGCGAGAACCUAACCGACGAGGAGCUACAGGAAAUGAUCGACGAAGCCGAUCGAGAUGGUGACGGUGAGGUGAAUCAGGAAGAGUUUUUGCGAAUCAUGAAGAAAACUAGCCUCUAUUAGAGCGCGAGCGGUAGUAGAAUAUAAUAUGUAGAUUGUGCGAAUUCUUGUAUAAGUAGUGUUUUAAAACGGGUGGCAAAGGAGGAAGACGAAAGUAUCGAGCAAAUGGCCAAACAAAAUUGAAAGCGAAUUCACGUGCGAAUUGUCGUCAUGCUCGUUCGGGGUUCUCUGCCCUGUGACAAUGUGCAUGGAUUUCUUUUUCUUUCUGAUCGUAUAACCGCUACAAGCAUCAUUGAAACAUCGACGAAUCAAUGAACAACCUGAUGUGUAAAAACGCAAAGAAUCUUCCACCGUGAUCUCCAUAUUUCCAUGGUAGCAUUUAAACGAAACCAAAUCAGCAACCACGUACGCUCUAACAUAUGCAGUUUUACACUGGGCGAUCGCAACAAACAGCUUCACUAAUUUUGAGCCAAUUGAUGCAAACGAGUAGGGUUGGUAGAUUUUUGAAACUAAAACUAAAUCAAGCGUCCGCUUUUUGUUGGUACGCAAAAGCCCUCUCGAAGAGGAUAAUCAUCAAGCAGUGUUUUCGAGCUAAGCGAAGGAUUAAUAGUUACUGAUAAGAAACAGCGAACGCAUUUUAUGCUGCUUGAUGACAAACAUGUAAGCGCGAUAAUACGCUGACGAGGUGCAUUUAGUACAGAAAAUACGCGAUAAUAAGGCACUGGCGCACACAUGCCCUGCACAAAAAGGGUUAGCUAGGAGAGCACAUUAGCCUAUAGACGCACGUUAUGAGAGAAGUUCAAAACAUUUUCGCUGAGUAGAUUAACUAUCCCACCUAACCGCGAUUCUCACAGCAUCCGUUGGUGGUCCUGCCAUUAUUUCGGGACGGUAGUUUCCGUAAAGCGACGUGUUACAAAACAAACAAAACAAACCGUUCGUUCACAACUUUUAGAAAAAGAUGCACAUUUACCAGCUUUGGUCUAUGGAGUAGUAGGUGCACUGAAGCCACCGUGCCCUCUCUCGUCCGGGUGGUUUCAUGUAAGAUUUUAGACCCUGGCAUUUGGGUUCCCCUGUUAAGGGUAAAUCACUUAGUCUUAUCACGGCGCUGGAACGCGACCACGAAGCCACGAUGGAUGGCUACUCUCGAGGUCAAAAUCUCCUCCAGGCACUGUGCGGCGGCGGGGUUGCCCAAUGAAUUAUGAUGUUCCCAUUAAAACGUAUAUAAAAACGGAUUCUACAGCUUUUUACGAUAAGACGCGCGCGCUCUGCUGCUGGUAGUGAGUUAUGAAAAUACAUUUGACAGGCAACAAAAGACAAAAAAUAAUCGCAUUGUUAGUCACGGUAUUGGUGCGGGAGAGGAUGCAUUUCGAAUGGAAACGCGAACCGGGAGCAAGGAGUGAGAUCAUGAGAGAAUUUUAAUGCGUUUGGCGUGGAAUCACGUUCGAGGAAUCUACGGUCGGAGCUACGAUAAGGAAACGGGUGUAGGGGUUUGGUUUAGGAAACGGAACGCGCCUUCAUUGCUGCUGCUACCCUAAGAAUCUCCCACACACGAUGGGUGGGGGCGGGGAGGAGAGCGAAAGAAUGCGGGCAACCCACAACAAAAAGUAUUUUAAAAUAUAAAUAUAUAUAUUUUUC